AUGCUCAACCUACUGAAAGCGAGCGGGAAACUUUCGAGGAAGUGCAGCAGGUAUUGCGUAACUCUGAAGCCAUUUUGAAUGAAAUUCAAUGCUACAAAGGAGCUGGCAGAGAAAUUAGAGAAGCCAUUGCAAAUCCAAGUGACGAAUAUCAAACUAAAGCUUGGUCUGCAGUUUUACCUCUUGUGUCAAAACUGAAAAGAUUUUAUGAGUUUUCAUUGGAGCUGGAUGCUGUUGUUCCCAAAAUCCUCUUCCAGUUGUGUUCUGGUCCUAUGGUCCCCACUCAACAUCUUGAGACACAACAGGCUCUUGUGAAGCAGUUUGCCGAGAUACUUGAAUUUGUUCUUAAAUUUGAUGAACAUAAGAUGAAAACACCAGCAAUACAAAAUGAUUUCAGUUAUUAUCGUCGCACUUUAACAAGACAGAGAAUGUCAAGUCUAUCCAGCUUGGCAUGCAGUGAAAUUAGUGACGUAGAUGAAAGGGAGGUGUCCAAUGAACUGGCAAACCAUAUGUCACUUUUCUAUGCCCAUGCAACACCUAUGCUGCGAACACUGAGUGAAGCAACUACUAGAUUUGUUUCCCAGAACUCGGACAUACCUAUUGAAAACACAACAGAGACCUUGAGCACAAUGGCCAAGGUGUGCUUGCGGAUGCUAGAAAGCCCGAAUAUCAUUUCACAGUUUCAGCGAGAAGAAACACAGUUGUUUGUUCUGAGAGUCAUGGUUGGAUUGGUUAUUUUAUAUGACCAUGUUCAUCCAAAUGGAGCAUUUGUAAAAGCUGCAAAUGUCGAUGUGAAAGGAUGUGUGAAGCUGCUCAAAGAUCAACCAGCUGCAAGGUCAGAAGGUCUCUUGAACGCUUUAAGGUACACCACCAAACAUUUAAAUGAGGAAGGAACACCAAAGAAUAUAAAAAAUCUUUUAGCUGUAUAGUGUUAUAUAUCUUGUAUGGUCUCUUCUUUAUCUUGCUGUGCUUUCUUGCACAGCAAUAGCAACAGCGUCUUUGGCAGUAUUCAUUUAAUCUAAGACCACCCGUCCCCCCCCCCCCUGCAUUUUCCCAAUUUUCCCUACCACUGCAUAGCCUUUUCUGUAUUAGAUUACAGGGGUUCCCUAAAAAUCUUGCAAUGUCUAUGUGUAUCAUAUUUUCGUGAACCAUCUACAAUUUUCCCUGUUGAAUGUAACUUAAAUCAGAGAUUUAUAGCUUUAAUUAUGGGUGUUGUAUAAUGAGAGUUAAAACAUUAUUAUUGAUGCAGAAUUGAGAAAGCUUUCUCAUUUUGCUUUGUGAUCUUUUGUCUUACCUGGUUGUGAAGUAUUUCUAAGCCUCUUUUCAGUUAGGAAAGGGGUCUAAGUGUUCAUUUUUAAUUUUCUUUUCUUUUUUUAUAUAUAUUUUGCGGUAUGGUAGAUAUUGUUUGUUCAAGAUAAGGUAAAAUAGUUACCAUUUGAUAAAGGAGCAAACUGUUCAUGACACAUCCUUUUGGAAAGAGUUAUUGUAUAAGCUUUGUUUGUAAGAUACAUUAAGUUCAAAUGUGAGAUUUAUGAGGAGUCAGUACAAGCAAGGAAGCACAAAUGAAUGCAAUGAAUGCAUGCUAGGGGCAGAACGAUGACGGUGAACAAACAAUAUUUCACUUUAUAACCCUAGUCUAUAUUUCAGUACAUGAAUACCUAUAAGGAUACCCUAACAUUAUUUUUACCCUUCGUACUAAUGCUGGGAGUACUACUGUUACCUUUCAUGGUUAUUCAACCAGUUGCAUGUAAUACGUGUGUUAAAGUUCUUCCUAAUGCAUCCCAAAUCUAAUCUGUUUUUCUAACAAACAAUGCUUACCUUGUUUAAUGAGUUUAAAUGAUGCUUGAAUAGCUUCUGGGAGCAUACUUUAACUUGUCAUUUCAUGCAUUAAGUUUUUUAGCUCACGUACGUGGUCCAAAAUCCAUAGUUUUUGUUAACAACAUCAAUUGUAUGUUUUCUACUCAAACAGCUCAAUUUUUCACCCCUCCCCUUAUGUAUCUAAAUUAUCUCCUUGUGAUCACUUAUGAAUUAUUUUUGAUGACCAUUUUGCAUUUUUGAAAUGAAAUUUUGGUUGCCAAAGACCAUCUAGUUGACUUGAAAAAAUGUGUAACCUGUCAGAUGUAUGUCACUUCCAAGCUGUAUCUCAUUUGUGUGGUGUUGGUCAAUAUCCUAGAAGUACCGCAAUGUUUUUUUCCACUGCCAUUCCUCAAUAGUAAUAUAUGUGUUCACAUUGAAGGUCUCUUCUUGUAUUAGUACAUUUUUGAUAAUGCAGCACCCACAUCCAGUGGUUAUUCAUCCAUAUCUUAUUCAACGCUUGAAAUUUUUCAAUCAAUAAAUUUUGAGCCUCACUUGGGUUCUUUGAUAUCCUGCAUAAGAUGAUGUACUGCAUAGAUUCCACAAAUGCAUUUUUUUUUCUUUACGUCUAGCCGAAGUUUAUAUACCUAACAACUAUGCCAAAUUGUUGCAGAUGUUCCUGAGUGUUGAGUAAAUUUUGUUAAUGGUUUAUACAUAUAAAGAAAGACUUUUGAAUGUCCUGCAUAGUAUGGUUCUUACCACGUAACUUAUGUUAUGAUGUGUAGUAUUUCUAACCAAAUCUUGAAGGAGUAGUGUCACCAAUUGUUUGUUAAAGGACUUUUGCCUUGUUAAGCUUGAUACUUUUUGUUAAAUUAGGAAAGUCCUGUUUGGUUUCAUUUAUUAUAAUUAUGCUCCAUGACCAAUUUAACAUAAUAACCAUUUAUUUUGAGUUUGACCUGAGUUUUAAGAAAAUGUAACAAAUGUUAAUUGUUAGGACUAGAGAUAUAAAACACACAAGGUGCAAUGAGUUUGUAAGUCACACUCGCCAGUCCUUGGUUUUUGGACAGACAUUAUAGUUGUAACAGGCUGUGUUUUACAUUUCUAGUUCAAAAUUUUUUAUGACCUGUGUUAUUGUAUUGUUAUGCAUACGUACAUCACCCUCUCAACUGAUUGAUGGACUGGGUGUAGGUGAUGCUUCAACACUUGAUUCUUGAAGUAUGCAUUCAUUAUUAAUUUUUUUCCCUGCAUGUAGUAGCUCAGUGACACCAUGUCUUGUCUUAGUUUAAUACACUUUCCAGAUUGCACCUUUUGAAUUUCUUGUGGACGUCCAGGCACUGUGACUACCAUGGUGUCACACUUUAUUUCAAUUGACAGGAAGAGUAUUUGUAUUUGUGAUCUUAUUAACAUUUGAUCUAUGAUCAACGUUAUUUUAAGUCUGACUAAACCUAAGAUAAUAUCCAAAUCAUAAAAGACAAUUCAUAAUGUAUGGGGUAAAGUUAAUGUAUGGUGCUAACGCUAUGUGGGGCUUCCGCAAUGCAUAUAAAUACAAGCGUUGUCUAUUUUUUUCUAUGUCAAAGAGUAGAGGGGCCUGGAUGCAGGUGAAGGGAUUAUGAAGUGUGGUGGAUUGAUGAGAGAUAGCAAACAGCAGGAAAGAGUAACGACAUUUUAUGACUUUGCACCGAAAGUAAUGUUUUCUGUGUUCUCAAAAUAUGCUUCCAAAUACAAACUCUGUCAAAAUAAAAUUUUAAAUUCUUUGA